AGGGGAGGCGUGGAUCUCGCUCACUUUUGACAUACUCGUAGCAGCAGUAGCUUCUCCUCGAGGCAGGACUCAGAUGACACCACCCCGCCACCGAUCGGAGGAGAAACAACUCUCUCUCGCCCUCUUUCUCUCUCUCUCUCUCUCUGUGUGUGAGUGUGAGCGCGUGUCUUCGCCGCGGAUGAACUAUGUUUUGACACCGGGACGUGUUUAGAGGUUCACCAAUGAAUUAGACGACACCGGGAAGCUUCGCAAGUGGCCGUGGGAAUACUUUGAGAACAGUCCACCCCCUUCCCCCCCAGACUCUUGCACCCGCCGAGCGCCGGUGGCGGAAUGUGAAAACCUCAUUUUUGGCGCAUGUUCCUCUCCAUUGUGCGCUGCCUUCUCCUGCUUUCUGCGCGGCUGGAAAGCGGAGGGGGAAGAGGAGAAGGAGGAGGAGGGACGGCUUUCCCCGACUCGAUCCCUCGCCUAUGGACGACGGCGGUCCCCUCUCUCCAAAGGCGAAUGCGUUCAGUAUUGCCUCUCUGAUUUCGGCCGCAGAGCGAGCAGGAAACGCGGCGUUUGACAAACAGGGAACCGGCCUAAACAAGCCAGACCUGCAUAACCACAGUUCCUUUAAAAUGCACUACAGCACUGUGACCCGGGAAAUGGAAGCCAUAUCCAGUCCGUGGCUGACGCAGCUGUCCCAUUUUUGCGAUGUUGCAGCCUUCACGACGAGCAGCCUGAGCAGCCUCAACACGCCGGGGGGCUACCACCUCUCCCCGUCCCCCGGGGACCCCUAUAGCCAGCAUGAGUCCCACUUCGAGCCGUGCCCGGCCGCCCAGCACAGCUACAACUACCCGGGGUCUAACCCGGGCCAGGCCCCGCCGAGCGACGGCGGGACUCCCAACUGCUCCUCGUCGUCCUCCAGCUCCACGCCGAACAGCAAAUCCAUCGUGAAGAAGAACCCCAAGGUGGCCAACAUUAACGUGCAGCUGGAGAUGAAGGCUCUGUGGGACGAAUUUAAUCAGCUGGGCACGGAGAUGAUCGUCACCAAGGCCGGCAGGAGAAUGUUUCCAACUUUCCAAGUGAAAAUAUUUGGGAUGGAUCCCAUGGCGGACUACAUGCUCUUGAUGGACUUCCUGCCCGUGGACGACAAACGCUACAGGUAUGCUUUCCACAGCUCGUCGUGGUUGGUGGCGGGCAAAGCCGACCCCGCCACACCGGGCAGGGUCCACUACCACCCGGACUCUCCGGCCAAGGGCGCGCAGUGGAUGAAGCAGAUCGUCUCCUUCGACAAGCUCAAGCUCACCAACAACCUGCUGGAUGACAACGGACAUAUCAUUCUGAACUCCAUGCACCGCUACCAGCCCCGGUUCCACGUGGUCUACGUGGACCCCCGCAAGGACAGCGAGAAAUACGCGGAGGAGAAUUACAAGACCUUCGUGUUCGAGGAGACCCGCUUCACGGCAGUCACUGCGUAUCAGAACCACCGGAUCACACAGCUGAAGAUAGCCAGCAACCCCUUCGCAAAGGGCUUCAGGGACUGUGACCCAGAGGACUGGCCCAGGAAUCACAGGCCAGGCUCUCUGCCAAUAAUGAGUGCCUUUGCCAGAACAAGAAACCCAAUGUCAUCUCCGCCUCAGCAGAACGGCACAGAGAAAGAGGACGGUAGGCGGGAAUACGAGCGAGACCCCAGCGGCACGCCCAUACACGCCGACCCGGCUCACCAGCUGAUGUCCCGGGUCCUCAGCCCCGCCCUGCCCGUCCCGGGAGGCCUCCACGCCGUCCCGCUCACCGGCGGUCGGCCCAGCCCUCCUCAUGACCUCCGGCCCGACGCCCACCCCAUUGCCCCGGACACCCUGCACCACCACCACCCGUACAAGUACCCCACCACCUAUGAACACUACCUGGGGGCCAAGACCAGGCCGUCGCCCUACCCUUUGCCCGGUAUCAGAGGACACACAUACCAUCACCACAUGAACCCAGCGACAGCUAAUAUGUACUCAGCCACCAGUGGCCCCUCUAACUACGACUAUGGGCCCAGAUAAUGGCUGCUGUCCACCGGGCGCUAACAGCACACAGCACUGUGGGAAUGGGAAAAAAAAAAAAAAAGGCAGGGAAGGCGUCACAGUUCUGUCUAUGAGUGCCUUGCGCAGCCUUGGCUGCGUUUACAGGCUGAAACUCCUUUCUGCUGGAUAAACCCUGCCGUAUUUAUUAAAAGGAAAUGCAUCUUUGGGGGUAAACACGGGCACCUGCUCUGAGCCCCAUAGAAGAGGUCCGAUUUGACCUUUGAACCCCAAUGACAACAGCUCUACACCAGGUCACCUCUUGGCCGAGCGGUGCGGACAUUGAGCCAGCAAAAACAAAGGAGACAGGAGGGACCGCUCCUGAAUACCAGACAAUACCGUUGAUCGCAGACUGGAACUGGGGUUUUUUUCUUCCUUUUUUUUUUGUGUUGGAUGCACUUUUUGAUUUUGCCUUUUGUUUUUAUCGCUUUCAAAAAAGCCAUAUGUCAUAUAGUCCAUCAACCUUCUAGGGGUAGCAGAGAUGUCUGCAUGUUGAGCUCAUCAGAGGGGAUGUCGAAACACGCAAAAUGUUUUUGUUUGAGGAAAAAAAAAAAAAAAGAAGAAGAAGAUACAAGAUUUGAUUUAGAAAAAACGUUCUGAACCGUUCGAGCCGCUCGGAGGAGCUUGCACCAUGGCACUGACUCGCAGCAAUACAAAGUAAAUGAAUGAACCAGAAUGACUGUUCUGUAUCUGUAAAAUAAACAUUAAAUUCUUGUAAUUCAUAAGAAAAAAA